AUGGGGGCUUUAGACGAAUCUACACCAGUACCUUCUAGAAUAACUCUGCAAUUGAUGAAACAAAAAAAAAAAAGUGCUUUCCAAGGUUAUUCUUUGUUGAAAAAAAAAAGUGAUGCUUUAUUUAUUCACUUUAGAGAUGUGUUAAAAGAUAUUGUUAAGACAAAAGUAAAAGUUGGUGAAGAAAUGAGAAACGCUUCCUUUGCUUUAGCUAAGGCCGUAUGGGCUGCUGGAGACUUUAAAGGGCAAAUUAUUGAAGGAAUUAAAAGACCAGCUGUGACAUUAUCCUUAUCUACUAACAAUGUAGCUGGUGUUAAAUUACCUAUAUUUCAAGUGCAAAUAGACCCUACUGUUGAUGUUUUAGGAAACUUAGGUGUUGCUUCAGGAGGGCAAGUUAUUAACAAUACUAGAGAAAAUUAUCUUCAAUGUUUAAAUAUGUUAGUCAAGCUGGCAUCUAUGCAAGUAGCCUUUUUUUCACUUGAUGAAGAAAUAAAAAUGACUAAUAGAAGAGUUAAUGCUUUAAACAAUAUUGUUCUCCCUCGAUUAGACGGAGGUAUAAAUUACAUUAUAAAAGAAUUGGAUGAAAUAGAAAGAGAAGAAUUUUAUAGGCUGAAGAAAAUAAAAGAAAAAAAAAUAGACAAAUUAAAGGAUUCAAAUAUAGAAUAUACAAUGGAUGGUAAUGCAUUUAAAAAUAAUUACAAUAACGUAAAAAGAAAUGAUGAAUUCAUAUGUGCACAAAUGGAUGAUGAUGUUAUAUUUUAA